UGUUCUUUCAUCACACACACACACUCUCUCUGUCGCUCUGUAUAUACAUGUACGUCGUUUUCCUUUACUCUCUGAGUAAGCUUCAUCAGAUUCUGCUUGUGAGACAAAAGAAGCAAUUGAGUUCUCUGCGUCAUCUUAUAAAGUCACCUGGACUUGAUGGGCAAGACAAUUCAGUUGUCUGGGUUUCCAAACCUUGUGACGGGGGACACAGUUAAGGAAUUCUUAGAGCGUUACACAGGCAGGGGAACAGUUUUUGCUUUAGAGGUUAGGGAGCCCAAAAAGCCAGGGGCAAGAGUGUAUGCCAUUGUUCAAUUCGAAAGUGACGAAUAUGCUGAUCAAAUUAUCUCCUUGGCUGCGCGAAGGUUGUAUUAUGGAACUUCUUAUUUGAAGGCUUUCGCAAGGGACUUUGAUUUAGUACAAAGUCCAAAGGUAUACGUACAUGACAUGGAAAGCAUAACUCUAUAUUUUGGAUGUCAGAUCUCAAAAGAGCGGUUUUCUGUGCUCUGGGAAAAGAAAGAUAUCUCUCUAAAAUUUGGGUUGGGACUACGAAAACUGCACUUCUUCUUGUCCUACUGUUGUGUUGACUACAAGCUUGAGCUAUUUUAUGAGAAUAUUUGGCAGAUAGAGCUACAUCGUCCGCGUGGUCAAAGGUCAAAGUUUCUGCUAAUUCAGCUGCUUGGUGCUCCUCGGAUAUACAAAAAAAGUGCAGAAUCUUGUCUCAGCUAUUUUAAGGAAUACCCUGAAGAAAAUUGGGUUAGGGCAACUGAUUUUACUCCAUCAAAUUCCAUUGGCCAAUCAUCUGCUUUGUGCUUAGAGGUUUCAUAUGGUGUUAAACUUCUGAACUUCAGUGAAUAUUUUCCUUAUUUUAAGGAAAGUGAAGGGCCAUUCAUUCUGGAGAGUGGUUCCUCCUUUUCUCGCAAUUUGGAUCUAGUGCCCAUCGUGGGUCCAGCUUAUGGACUUGAACUGCCAUAUAGAAUAUUGUUCAAGAUAUGCAUCUUGGUUCAGCAAGGGUGUCUUUCAGGCCCCACACUUGACAUCAACUUCUUUAGGUUGGUUGAUCCCCGAAGAAUUUACAUCACACGUAUAGAAGAUGCCCUGGAGAGGCUGUAUCAUUUGAGAGAAUGUUGCUAUGAACCCAUUCGGUGGCUUGGUGAGCAAUACCAAAAAUAUCUCAAACUUCCCAAAACACCUGCUAUUACUUUGGAUGAUGGGUUGGUUUACGUACACAGAGUUCAAAUAACCCCAUGCAAAGUAUAUUUCUGUGGACCAGAGGUUAAUAUGUCUAAUCGAGUAUUACGCAAUUACCAUGAGGAUAUUGAUAAUUUUCUCCGGGUUUCUUUUGUUGACGAGGAAUUGGGUAAGUUGUUUUCCACAGAUUUAUCACCACGGGUAGCUUCUUCAAGUGAGGAAAGAAGAACUGGCAUUUAUAGGAGGAUAUUGUCGACUCUUCGAGAUGGCAUUGUUAUUGGAGAUAAGAAGUUUGAUUUUCUUGCCUUUUCGUCAAGUCAGUUACGUGAAAACUCCGCGUGGAUGUUUGCUUCAAGGCCUGGGCUUACAGCUGCUGAUAUAAGAAAGUGGAUGGGUGAUUUUCAUGAAAUUAGAAAUGUGGCAAAAUAUGCCGCUAGGCUUGGUCAAUCUUUCAGUUCCUCUAGGGAAACUUUGAGUGUUGGUAGGCAUGAAAGGGUAAUGAUUCCGGAUGUAGAGAUUGUGAGGGAUGGAAUCAAAUAUGUUUUCUCUGAUGGAAUUGGAAAACUUUCCCCUGACUUUGCUCGCAGUGUGGCCAAGAAAUGUGGCAUUAACAAUUCAAUUCCAUCUGCUUUUCAGAUUCGGUACGGUGGGUACAAAGGAGUUGUGGCCGUGGACCCAGCAUCGACCGUGAAGAUAUCUUUAAGAAAGAGUAUGUUGAAAUAUGACUCUGAAAACACAAAAUUAGAUGUGUUGGCGUGGAGCAAAUAUCAGCCCUGUUACUUAAAUCGCCAAUUGAUCACUCUUUUGUCUACCCUUGGGGUUAAGGAUAACAUCUUUGAAAAAAAGCAAAAGGAGGCAGUUGAACAACUGGAUACCAUCUUAACAGAUCCGUUAAGGGCACAAGAGGCGCUGGAGUUGAUGGCUCCAGGCGAGAAUACUAAUAUUCUCAAAGAAAUGCUGUUGUGUGGCUAUAAGCCUGAUGCUGAACCAUUUUUAUCAAUGAUGCUUCAAGCAUUUAGGGCAACAAAGUUGCUUGAAAUAAGGACUAAAACAAGGGUUUAUGUUCCAGGAGGAAGAUCAAUGAUGGGAUGUCUAGAUGAAACCAGAACAUUGGAAUACGGGCAAGUAUUUGUGCAAAUUUCUGGGGCUGGCAAUGUUUGUUCUCGUGAUAAUUCCUGUCUGAUGCCUAAUGGCAUUGACUCAGACCAAGGUCAUCGUAUUGGUUUGGGGAAGGUAUUUGUUGCAAAAAACCCUUGCUUGCACCCGGGUGACAUUCGUGUCCUAAGGGCUGUUAAUGUGCCAGCUUUGCAUCACAUGGUGGAUUGUGUCGUUUUUCCACAAAAAGGAAUGAGACCCCAUCCCAAUGAAUGUUCAGGGAGCGAUUUAGAUGGGGACAUUUAUUUUGUUUGUUGGGAUCAGGAUCUGAUCCCACCAAAGCAAAUCACACCGAUGGACUACACACCUGCACCGACUAAGCUGUUGGAUCAUGAUGUUUCAAUGGAGGAAGUUGAAGAGUAUUUUACCGACUACAUAGUGAAUGACAGCUUGGGAAUCAUUGCGAAUGCCCAUACGGUUUUUGCUGACAGGGAACCUGAUAAAGCAAUGAGCGAUCCUUGUUUAAUGCUCGCGAAGCUAUUCUCCAUUGCAGUUGACUUCCCAAAGACCGGAGUCCCCGCCGAGAUACCGGGAGAUCUACGGGUCCGAGUCUAUCCAGAUUUCAUGGAAAAGCCAGACAAAACUUCCUAUAAAUCAGAGUGUGUGAUUGGGAAGCUUUUCCGAGCAGUGAAAGACAUUGCACCACACUCCAUCAAAUCCUUCACCAAGGACGUUUCAAGGGGGUCGUAUGACCUCGAUAUGGAAGUGAAAGGUUUCCGGGAUUACUUAGAGGAAGCUUUUGAUUGCAAAACCGAAUAUGAUUACAAAUUGGGAAACUUGAUGGAUUAUUAUGGGAUCAAAACUGAAGCUGAAAUACUUAGUGGCAGUAUCAUGAAAAUGUCGAAAUCUUUCGACCGGAGAAAAGAUGCAGAAGACGUUGGAUUGGCUGUUAAGUCCUUGAGGAAAGAAGCUCGGACGUGGUUCAAAGACGGUGACAAUGCCGAUUUAUAUGCCAAAGCCUCGGCUUGGUACUAUGUUACCUAUCAUCAUAGUUAUUGGGGUUGCUACAACACGGGAAUGAAACGGGAUCAUUUCAUUAGCUUUCCGUGGUGUGUGUACGAUAAGUUGAUGGAGAUCAAGAGGGACAAGUCCAGCAUUAGAAGGGCUCUCGAUCUGUCCUCACUUGAAUAUAAGCUGAAGCAUGGAAUGCGUUUGCGUUAGAAAUUCGGAUGUCGGUGAGACACUUCAGUAUUAUUAUGUGUGCGUAUCUAUUUUUAUCGUUGCUUAGUAUCGUCGUAUCCAUAUGCCUGAACUGUUCUAUGUAAAUGCAAUGUGUGUGGUUUGAGGAUUGUGACUUGAAAUUUGACCAUGGCAAGAAACUUGUUUUCUUGAAAGAUAUGUAUGCAAUAAUUUCUUCUA